AUGAUGUGUAAUGCUAAUCUGAUGCUGGUAGUGGUCAUGUUAUGGACUGGCUCUUUAACACUGGCCAGUCCUCAACGCCAACUCAAUAUGAUGAGAAGGUUUUGGGAAAGAUCCGUUUGUAUAAAGUAUGAUUUGAUAGAAAACGCAGAAUGGAUACCAAGAGAUAGAUGUGAGGAUAACAAACAGUUCAGAUGCCGAAAAGGUUACCGAUUAGAAGUUCAAACGUCCUGUAAAAAUGGACAGUGGUGUUUGGAACCAACUUGUCAACUUAACGUACCAACUGGAUGUAAUUACACGUUGGAGUAUUUUAAUGGAACAACUGUACAGACCAUACAAUAUGCUGCUGAAAGAUCAGCCAAUCAAUCGGAGUGUGAUGAAAAGUCACCGGCCAUCUUUGCAGCAAUAACUUCAACUCGAGACGAAUGUCUUAAUAGAUGUCUCAGGAUGACGGAAUGUGUUAUAGUGAGCUACGUAUAUUCUGAAGACGGAAAUUGUUAUAUAUAUAACGUUACCCUGGAUCAGAUCCCCGAAAGCAUGAAACAAGGACGGCUCCAAUCCAGCAAUGCCCUGGCCGAAAAAGUCUGUGAAUAA